CCUGGAUAUCUCAUCCCCAGGCAGCAGGCCACAGAACCAUGAGCCAGGACAGCAAAGUGAAGACGACAGAGUCCAGCCCUCCUGUCCUGACCAAGGCCAGGAAGUCUCUGCCAGUCCUGGACCCAUCUGGGGAUUACUACUACUGGUGGCUGAACACAAUGGUCUUCCCAGUAAUGUAUAACCUCAUCAUCGUGGUGUGCAGAGCCUGCUUCCCCGACUUGCAGCAUGGUUAUCUGGUGGCCUGGUUAGUGCUGGACUACACGAGUGACCUGUUCUACCUCCUGGACAUCGUGGUGCGCUUCCACACUGGAUUCUUGGAACAGGGCAUCCUGGUGGUGGACAAAGGUAGGAUCUCGAGUCGCUACGUUCGCACCUGGAGCUUCUUCUUGGAUCUGGUUUCCCUGUUGCCCACGGAUGUUGCCUACGUGAGUCUGGGUCCACACACACCCACGCUGAGGCUAAACCGCUUUCUGCGAGUGCCCCGCCUCUUUGAGGCCUUUGACCGCAUGGAGACCCGCACAGCUUACCCGAACGCCUUCCGCAUCGCCAAGCUGAUGCUUUACAUUUUUGUGGUCAUCCAUUGGAACAGCUGCCUCUACUUUGCCCUGUCCCGGUACCUGGGCUUCGGGCGUGACGUCUGGGUGUACCCCGACCCCGCACAGCCAGGCUUUGAGCAGCUGCGGCGCCAGUACCUCUACAGCUUUUACUUCUCCACGCUAAUCCUGACCACCGUGGGCGACACGCCGCUGCCAGCCCAGGAGGAGGAGUACCUCUUCAUGGUGGGCGACUUCCUGCUGGCAGUCAUGGGUUUCGCCACCAUCAUGGGUAGCAUGAGCUCUGUCAUCUACAACAUGAACACAGCAGAUGCAGCCUUCUACCCAGACCACGCGCUGGUGAAGAAGUACAUGAAGCUGCAUCAUGUCAACCGCAGGCUGGAGCGGAGAGUCAUUGACUGGUACCAGCACCUGCAGAUCAACAAGAAGAUGACCAAUGAGGUAGCCAUCUUACAGCACUUGCCUGAGCGGUUGCGGGCAGAAGUGGCUGUGUCUGUGCACCUGCCUACCCUGAGCCGGGUACAGAUCUUCCAAAACUGUGAGGCCAGCCUGCUGGAGGAGCUGGUGCUGAAGCUGCAGCCCCAGACCUACUCGCCGGGUGAAUAUGUCUGCCGCAAAGGGGACAUUGGCCGAGAGAUGUACAUCAUCCGAGAGGGUCAGCUGGCCGUGGUGGCCGACGAUGGUGUCACCCAGUAUGCUGUGCUUGGUGCAGGGCUCUACUUUGGGGAGAUCAGCAUCAUCAACAUCAAAGGGAACAUGUCUGGGAAUCGCCGCACAGCCAACAUCAAGAGUCUAGGUUAUUCGGACCUGUUCUGCCUGAGCAAGGAGGACCUGCGGGAAGUGCUGAGCGAGUACCCGCAGGCCCAGGCUGUUAUGGAGGAAAAGGGCCGUGAGAUCCUGCUCAAAAUGAACAAGUUGGAUGUAAACGCGGAGGCAGCCGAGAUCGCCCUACAAGAGGCCACGGAGGCCCGGCUGCGAGGCCUAGACCAGCAACUUGAUGAUCUGCAAACCAAGUUCGCUCGACUCCUGGCUGAGCUGGAGUCCAGUGCACUCAAGAUCGCCUAUCGCAUCGAGCGGCUGGAGUGGCAGACCCGGGAGUGGCCAAUGCCUGAGGAACUCAUGGAGGCUGAUGACGAGGGCGAACCUGGGGAGGGAACGUCCAAAGAUGGAGAGGGCAGAGCUGGCCAGGAGGGACCUCCAGGCCUAGAGUGACCCCAUGUCUAUCCCCAGGACUCCCACCACCAAGUGAAUCCAGACUUGUAGGGAAAUCUGCCUGCAGAAACUCUGCCAUCCUGUGCUGGGUUACAGAGAUGGGCGUGAACUGGGUCUGUAGAUGUACCACCUAGAGAUGCAGGAGUGUAGCAUACAUUCAACCUCUGCUCACCAGAACUAUACACACACACAUGCAUGCACACACACACACAUGCACACAUACCUAUUUGCACAUAUGCACACUGACCAGGAGACUGUGAAAUCCAUAUUAAAUGCUCUGGAGUUCCCCUUCUCAGAGCACACAUCUUUCUCACCUACAUAAGUCUUAUACCAACACCAUAUAAGUACAUUCAGUCACACACCUCAUAAACACACGUAUACUGAGAGUAACACAUCAAUACACACAGAUGUCCUCCAUGGAUCUGCACACACUUGUGAACACACAAAAGCAUAUCUAUAGCCCUCUUGUUCCAAGGUAUCUUUUAAAUGCUCCUCCACAUGGGAGGUUCACAAGUGUACCCUGCAAACAGCACUUCAAUAAAGUAUUUGCUUCCUCACUAAGCAUUUAUGGGGUUGAUGAAAAAAA